CCGGCUGUGCCUGUGAUGAGCCGCAGCUCGCCGCGAGCUCUGCCCCCGGGCGCGCUUCCCCGGCCCCUGCCGGCCGCGCCUGCCGCCGUGCAGCGGGCCCUGCUCCCGCCGUGGCCCCGGCGCGCAGGACGCCGCUGGCCUGUGUCCCCGCUCGGGAUGAAGGUGUUUCGCAGGAAGGCGCUGGUGUUGUGCGCGGGCUAUGCACUGCUGCUGGUGCUCACGAUGCUCAACCUCCUGGACUACAAGUGGCAUAAAGAGCCGCUGCAGCAGUGCAACCCCGACGGGCCUCUGGGUGCCUUAGCAGGGCCGGCUGGGGCCGGCUGGGGACGGCCGGGGUCGCCUCCUGCAGCACCACCCCGCGCUCACCCUCGCAUGGAUCCCCGCACCCCGUACCGCCCUUCUGCCGCCGGCUUGGGGGCAGUUCCCGCAGCCGCAGCUGGGGGUGUAGAAGCUGCGGCCUCCCCGGGCAAUGGCACCCGAGCCACCAGGGGUGGAGGGGGCAAGCGGCAGUUGGUGUAUGUGUUCACCACGUGGCGCUCGGGCUCGUCCUUCUUCGGCGAGCUCUUCAACCAGAACCCUGAGGUGUUCUUUCUCUACGAGCCUGUGUGGCACGUGUGGCAAAAACUGUACCCCGGGGACGCGGUUUCCCUGCAGGGGGCAGCGCGGGACAUGCUGAGCGCACUCUACCGCUGCGAUCUUUCGGUUUUCCAGCUGUAUAGCCCCGCCGGCAGUGGGGGGCGCAACCUCACCACUCUGGGCAUCUUUGGGGCAGCCACCAACAAGGUGGUAUGCUCUUCGCCACUCUGUCCUGCCUACCGCAAGGAGGUCGUCGGGCUUGUGGAUGACCGUGUGUGCAAGAAGUGCCCACCUCAACGCCUGGCACGCUUCGAGGAGGAGUGUCGCAAGUACCGCACGCUGGUUAUCAAGGGCGUGCGUGUCUUCGAUGUGGCUGUGUUAGCGCCGCUGCUUCGAGAUCCAGCCUUGGACCUCAAGGUCAUCCACCUAGUGCGUGAUCCUCGUGCUGUUGCCAGCUCCCGCAUCCGCUCGCGCCAUGGCCUCAUCCGGGAAAGCCUACAGGUGGUGCGAAGCCGGGAUCCAAGAGCCCAUCGCAUGCCCUUCCUGGAGGCCGCUGGCCAUAAGCUGGGUGCCAAGAAGGAGGGUAUGGGUGGGCCAGCAGACUACCAUGCUCUGGGUGCAAUGGAGGUCAUCUGUAACAGUAUGGCCAAAACGCUGCAGACAGCCUUGCAGCCCCCUGACUGGCUGCAGGGACACUACUUAGUGGUGAGGUACGAGGAUCUGGUGGGAGACCCGGUGAAGACCCUACGGAGGGUGUACGACUUUGUGGGGUUGCUGGUGAGUCCCGAAAUGGAGCAGUUUGCCCUGAAUAUGACCAGUGGUUCGGGCUCCUCCUCCAAGCCUUUUGUGGUGUCAGCCCGCAAUGCCACUCAGGCCGCCAAUGCCUGGCGAACCGCGCUCACCUUCCAGCAGAUCAAACAGGUGGAGGAGUUUUGCUACCAGCCCAUGGCUGUGUUGGGCUAUGAGCGGGUCAACAGCCCUGAGGAGGUCAAAGACCUCAGCAAGACCCUGCUUCGGAAACCCCGGCUUUGAGAAGGGUUCCCAAGAGAUCUGACGCCCUCUGGAGACACCCACAAAGAGGAUUUUGUUGUGUUCAAACAAACACAGCCCAGACCCAAGCUGAGGAAGCCCACAUAUUCUAUUAUAGAUAUAUAAUAUAAAUAUCCACACAGGCACUUGCUGUCAACGUUUUGAGGUAGUGAAUUUCAAGGAACAGCCUCAACUCAA